AUGCUGGAGUUGGAAAAAAAAUUGACAGAUGCUUGACUACCGCGCUCUCGGUCCGUUUUCGUUGUAGUUUUCCCUGCCUGUCUGCUAGCCGAUUGGCCGCGCCGAUUUCCGACGGAGGGAAAAAAGUGCAAUCGAAAACGCCACAGUUCGAUCUUUUCAGUGGCGAGAUUCGCGAGUGCGGUGAAAUGCGAUAUUUCUAGUUGUAACAAUCGCAGCUGAUGAACGCUGAACCAGAACCAAAGCAGCCGGUGGUAGAACGCGGGUAGAUGUGUUGUGCGCGUACUACCAGUGACCGAGCGUUUAGCUACAGAGGGCUGGCGGCGACUGAGAAUGAAAAAAAGCUCCAAUAAAAGGGACAAGCGCAAACAGCAGCCGACCGUUCCUCGCAGCCAACGAAACCGGGACGAUAGUGGAGCUGAUGUGGACUAUGAAAAUGAUAGAAUGCAUGUGAAGAAAGACUCGUUCGAUACGGUAAAAUCCAGCUCGAAAGUGAAAUCUGGUGAUAAUCCAACGCCUGCUGGGCUGCUGGAAAACGGGGCAUCAAUCGGUAGUGGCAGUGAACCGGCUGUGGUGGCGGAGAGCACAUCGCCCGUUGCCGUCGAGGAAAAGGGUAGCUGCUCCCCGACUGGCCGAGUGGAUUCGCCGGAGUUGGAAACCAAACAAACGAUUCGAUUGGUGUCGCUCGAUAAGUUGCUCCGGCCGAGUUUAGUCGGAAUAGCGGCAAACGGGGAGGACGCCAGUGGCAAAGCGAGCAAAGCGCAGGGAAAACCAUCGCUCGGCGAGAAGGAUAAGAGUGUUAGCAUUAUCGAGCUGAGCGACGAUUCGGACGAGGACGUCAUACAGCAGUUUGUUGUUCAAAAGCAAUCCAACCGACUGGAAGAUGGUGUUGAAGUAGUAGGUACAAGCACUAAAUCGCCGGUUAGAAGCACGAGCGCAAAAGGCACACCAGCAAACGGUGGUUUUGCUGCUACACCCAGCAUGAAAGAGCUGAGCAUCGUUGUGAAACGCUUGCCGACGAAUUUAACUGCUUUGAAGACGGCGUUCGGAUUGAGCGAAAUCCGGGACCAGUACAAUCGUAUCAUCGAAUCGUUUGUGUCCACCACUCGGACCGGAAGCUCGGAUCGGAAGCUCACCGCAAACGAUACAGCGAAGAAAGCAACAAAUAUGGCCAAUGACCAAGAGCAGGAGCAGAAGCAGCAGAAAAGCAAAGCCGGUAACAGCAAGCGGGAGAAACAGCAGCAGCAGCAGAAGCAGCAAGAGAACGGUUCGGACGGUAACGGGCAAUCCGAAGAGGAAGAAACCAUUCGAAAUGAUAGCGAAUCGGACGCACCGAUCGGCAGGAUGCGCAACAAAACGAAAAGCACCAUUCCAAACGAGCGAAAGAAUAAUAGAAAUACGCGCAAGCGACGCGCAGUAAGCGAUAGCGAGGAGGACAAAGGUACAGGGAAACCAUCGGUGACCACCACGAACGGUGGUGAUUCGAACGAGCAAAGCGAGGCAAGCGGUAGCGACCAGGAGUUUACUAAAAGUAACACCGCUACCGGUAGAAACCGGCGAGCAGCGGAACGGUCGAAACGAGCAGCCACCACCUCCAAGGCGGCAGCUUCGGACGAUGGCAGUGGCGAUUCGGAUGACGGGAAGAAGGCGAAAGCGGACUUUCAACCACGCAAGAAGCGCACCAGAAUACGGCGCAACUCAUCAUCCUCCGACGACGAUGGCAGACCCGCAAAGAGGAAACGAGGUCGUCGGUUGCAGAAAAAGAAAAAAUCCGACGGUGAGAGUGAUGCCGAUUCGCCCAACAAAGGCCGCAAGAACAUACGCAAGCUGCUCAGAAAGGGAGAUCUGGAGGAGACGACCAAAAACGCGGAGCAGGAAGAGCGCGAACGGAAGCAGCGCAUUGCGGAACGGCAAAAGCUGUACAAUCAGGUGUACGACGAGAAGCCGGAAGUGGCGACCACGCUCGACCAGCUGGUGCUUGACUUUGACGAGGAAACGAAGGAACCCUUGCUCGAGGUGGACAAAAAGUUGGUGAAGCUGCUGAAACCGCACCAGGCGAAUGGCAUUAAGUUUAUGUUUGACGCCUGCUUCGAAAGCCUCGAGCAGAUGAAAGAAAGCAAGGGUUGCGGCUGCAUACUGGCCCACUGUAUGGGGCUGGGUAAAUCGUUGCAGGUGGUAACACUUACCCACACACUGCUCGCCAACGCCGAUCUGACCGGUGUGGAGCGUGUCCUGAUCGUGUGCCCACUGUCGACGGUGCUAAACUGGGCGAACGAGUACCACAUGUGGAUGAAGCACGUCCAAAAAGGCACCGAGGUUGAGGUUUACGAAAUAUCAAAGUACAAGGAUAACGUGACGCGUGCCAACAAGCUUAUGGAAUGGCACAACGAGGGCGGUGUGAUGAUCAUGGGCUACGAUAUGUUUCGCAACCUGGCCAACCCGACCGCCACACGCAUCCGCAAGAAGGUGCGCGAAUCGUUACAGACGUCCCUGAUCGAUCCGGGACCGGAGCUGAUCGUCUGCGAUGAAGGCCACUUGCUGAAGAACGAGAAAACGUCCCUGUCGCAGGCCGUCAACCGGAUCAGCACGAUGCGACGGAUCGUGCUGACCGGUACACCCAUACAGAACAAUAUGAAAGAAUAUUACUGCAUGGUGCAGUUUGUAAAGCCCAAGCUGCUCGGCACCUACAACGAGUACAUGAACCGGUUCGUGAACCCCAUCACGAACGGCCAGUACACCGAUUCGACGCCGUACGACAUCCAGCUGAUGCGGAAGCGGGCGCACGUGCUGCACAAGCUGCUGGAUGGUUGCGUACAGCGCCGAGACUAUUCAGUAUUAGCACCGUUCCUACCGCCGAAGCUAGAAUUUGUGGUAUCGAUCAAGCUGACCCCGGUACAGAGCACCCUUUACAAGUACUAUAUGGAAAACUUGGCCGGCAAACGACUAGCGGACGAUCCGAUGCAAAAGCGCUCGUCAAUGCUGUUUAACGACUUUCAGAACCUCCAGCGAAUAUGGACCCAUCCACGCGUGCUACGGUACAACAGUGAUCGGUACGAAAUCCGGCAGCAGCGCAAGCGCGAUCUGGACAGCGAAAAUGAAUCGGCCGGCUCGAUGAAGGAUUUCAUCGACGAUGUGUCGGACGAGGAGAGUGCUGAGUCGACGCCCGCCAGCUCCGACGACGACGAUUCGGACGUGAAGUCCGUGCACGAUGACAACAGCAAAAGCUCGGGUGAAUCUUCCGAAAGCAAGCAGAAGGUUGGUCGCACUCGCAGCACACGGAACAAUCCCGGGGCAGGCGUGUUGGAGGACGAUGUUGUGAUUGAGAAGCCAGAAAAUCCUACCGAAUGGUGGAUGCAGAUGUGCCCCGAAACGGAGCUAGACAAGCUCGAGCACUCGGGCAAGCUGAUCGUGCUGAUGGAAAUUCUGAAAGAGUGCGAAGCAAUCGGUGACAAGCUGCUGGUGUUUUCACAGUCCCUGUACUCGUUGGACGUGAUAGAACACUUUCUCGCUUUGCUGGAUGAAAAUAUGCAGAAAAGCGAGGAGGAGCGGGACGAGCAGCUGAGCAAGUAUCCGGCAUCGUGGUCGAUGGGAUUGGAUUACUUCCGCCUGGACGGAUCCACGUCGAUCGAUAACCGGAACGAUGCGUGCAAGGUGUUUAACGACGAGAACAACACACGAGCAAGAUUGUUCCUGAUUUCGACGCGUGCCGGUGGGUUGGGAAUAAAUCUGGUGGCCGCCAAUCGGGUCGUCAUCUUUGACGUGUCCUGGAAUCCAUCGCACGACAUUCAAAGCAUAUUCCGCGUGUAUCGAUUCGGCCAAAAUAAACCCUGCUACAUCUAUCGGUUCAUUGCAAUGGGUACGAUGGAGGAAAAAAUCUACGAACGGCAGGUUACGAAGCAAGCGAUCUCGAAGCGUGUCAUAGACGAGCAGCAGAUCGAUCGGCACUACAAGGAGAACGACCUGCAGGAGCUGUACCGGUACGAGGUGGAGCCGGGCGAACCGCGCCCGGUGCCUAACCUGCCGAAGGACCGGCUGUUUGCCGAGUUGCUGCAACGGUUCGAUCCGCUCAUCUACAAGUACCACGAGCACGAUUCGCUGCUCGAGAACAAGGAGGAGGAAACGCUCAACGAGGAGGAACGGAAGGCAGCGUGGGAAGAGUUCGAGCUGGAAAAGAAUCGGCCACCACCGUUGCCGUAUGUCGGUGGUACGUUCGGGUUGGGUGUUGGUGGAAUGGCUGGCAGAGGAGUGAACGGUCCAGUUACAUCCAGCACAACGUACGGCUUCCGGAACGAUGUACUGUUGAAGCUGCUCAACCUGAAGGCGCGGGAAGAUAAUCCGACCUUUAACGAUGCGACCAUUAACGCCAUGAUACCGUACAUGAUGCAGCAGCUAACGAUGGAAAUGAAGGAGGGAGAGCUGACGAUGUAUAGACGGCUUUGGGAUUUGUACUAUAAGCUCGAAGUCCCAGCUACGGCUGCAUCGCAACCGUAUGCAGCGGCCUACAACGCGCUGCAGCCCGGAAUGGCAGUAGGACCGAUGCCGCCGCAGCAGCCGAUGAUGGCGAAUGUGAUGGGAGCUGGCCCAAACGUCCCCUACCAGAUGAAUCCCAAUCAAACAGGCGUAAGACCGGCAUUUCCGCCACAGUUUCCGAUACCGCAGCAAGAGCCCGGAAUCAGUGGAAUGCAUAGAUCCGGGAAUCCGGUCGGUGUUUCCAGUAUCGUUCCCGGCCCGGCCAUUGCCGGUGCUGGCACUGUUGUGCCAAUCGCCAAUCGAGGCCCUGUCACAAUCGACCCCAACGUAGUUGAGCUCGAUUAGUAAUGGCACAUACUGGAUCUUCUCACUUCGAAUAUCAAAUACAUCGCGGUUUAGGAGCAAACUAGGAUGCAACAGGUAGCUACGUAAGAACGUACAUGGUGAAAUUAGAUUUUAUUCACAACACAUCUUAGCUGUUUAAAUAAAGACAUUUUCUAUUCCU